GUUGGUGUUCGUUUGAACAGAUUAUUUAUGUGGAAGCAUGUGAGAGUGGCAGUAUCUUUGAAGGUUUAAUGCCAGAAGACCUUAAUGUAUAUGUGACAACAGCAUCCAAUGCUGUUGAAAGCAGCUGGGGAACCUACUGUCCUGGGAUGGAUCCUCCACCACCACCGGAAUAUAUGACUUGCCUUGGUGACUUGUACAGCGUUGCAUGGAUGGAAGACAGUGAGAAUCACAAUCUAAAGGAGGAAACGGUUGGGAAACAGUAUGAGUCAGUGAAGAUGAGGACAUCAAACCAGAACACAUACAGUGCAGGGUCUCAUGUGAUGGAGUAUGAUUGUAACGCCCGCCCUUCCAGCUCUGAGUCCCAAUCUGGAAGCAUCGCUGUACAUAUCGAAUCCCUCGUUACUUUCUGGAAGAGUGAGAAUUGGGGCACUAGUCAAUUUUCUCUUCAACUCCGCGAAGCUUCUUUCACAAUCCUCCGUCCAUUCAUACCUCUUGUUCUUCUUGGUGAGGGUCGUCAUGGGGGCUGCAAUUCUGGAAAAACCCUCUACGAAUUUCCGAUAAUAGUCGGCUAG